GUCAGAGCUCCUCAGCACUCCCCUCUGUCGCGGGCGUGACGUCAUCAGGGUUGGCGGUAUUUUGAAAAAGUACCGUCUGUUGUUGUUGACCGUGUCGUGCAGAAAGAACAGUGACAUUUACUAAUUAUGGCGGAGGUGAAGUCCGGCGGCCAGGCAGCAGCAGAGCUGUCAGAGGCUGCUCUCAGCGAGCUGAUGGACCUGUGCGAGGAUCAGUUUGCUCAGCUGGAAAAGCUUCAGAAUGAGAUUAUUCUGUGUGAACCAGAUUUCUGUGAGAAUACUCGAGAGCAGGCAGUAAAUCGUCUGAUGGCAACAGACGCUGAACUGAAGCAGUGGCUGACUGUGGAGCCGACACUGCUGGCAUCGAAUUCAGAAGUUUUACUUCAAACUGGAAAAGAGGAGAUGCUCAAGCUGUGCUCUGAACUUGAGAUGGUUCUUUCUUGCCAGGAAGCAAAAAGAGACAAACUGAGAGAAACUAAAGAACUUGAACAGAAGUGGUUGGAGGAGAAGAAACAGGCACUGUUAGCUGCCAAAGACCAUGUCGAACGACUUCAAAUGGAAAAGGGGAAAUUAUCAGAGCAUAGUGUGUUGCAGGACACCAAGGCCAAAAUCCAGAAGACGAAGGUCUACCAGGAGAGGUUGAUGGAGUCUCUGGGGGACUUACUGGAGAAGCACGUCCCUCUCCCUCAGGAUGAAUACAGUACAAACAAGAAGAAGAAGAACAUUACCCAGGAGUUAGACGAAGACUUGAUUUCACUUAAUGAAAUUCUCGAGCUGCUCAUGAACAAGGUCCUGAACACACCACACGACCCCUACGUGACGAUAGACAACACAUUCUGGCCACCGUACAUAGAGAUGCUGCUCCGCUAUGGCAUUGCAGUGAGGCACCAGGAGAAUAACUUCAAGAUCCGCCUGGAAACCUUUUGUUAGUGCCGUGGUGCAUUAGGCAUCUCAAGCACCACUUAUCUGCUUGUGUUUCUAAUUUGAGGCUGCUUGUACAGUGCUAUCAUUGUGUAUAUUUAUGUAAGCUGAUAUGAAGAAUAACUGUCAUUUAGGCUUCAAAUAAGUAUUUUUUAAGAGCUGUUUUUUAUGUACAGACUAACCAUGGGUCCUAUAAAAUGUCUGAGAACACCUACAUUUAAGUCAUGAAAUAAUUUAAAUGUAUCAAAGGAAGCACUCUCAAUUUCAUGUAAACUCAUUAACACUCAAUAGGGUAGAAAGUCUAUAUGUUUCCUUAGAUCUUAUUAUCAAUGGCACGGUGUAAUCUGCAAUAAGCAAUGUAUGUUUGUAUGUAUGGCUUUCAAUGCGGUUUCAUUUAAAUGUGUUAAAAUUGCUUAAAAGGUGAUUUACGGAAGCCUUCACAUAUCCCGAUGGUGUACUCUGUGUAUGUAGUGUUUGUUUGUUUGUAUAUAUUUCAUUGUUCAAUAAAAUGUGGAACUUCA